ACACACUAAUUAGGGGUUCAAUAUUGUUCUCGUAAAAUUGGCGCCUCUGAUUUCAAAAAUUAAUGCACGGAUUUAGUUUGAUUUUUAUUUGAUUUAAAUUUAAAUUUAAGUUUUUAAGAGAGAGAGAAAGAAACCCUAGAAUCAAUCUAGAGAGAGCAAAUGAUUGUGAGAACGCCACCACCGAAGAGGCCGAGAGCGCCCGACGUCGACAAACCUAUCGUCGAGAGUCCGCCUGGCAGCGGCGGCGGAGGCGGAAGCUCCGGUCGCCGCCUCGUCAUCUAUGAAGAUCCUCCGGUAGCUGCGGUGGCACCAGAGUCGUCUCAUCAACCGUCCGAUCAAUAUCUCUGCACUUAUCAGUGCCGCCAAAUGGUUAAAUCAGAUUUCAUUGAUGCUUUAAGCAAUACAGAGAAGCAAGUUCGUGACUAUGAAGCUAAAUUGGAGGAAUUAAAUGGAAAAUUUUGCAAAACGGACGCUGAGAGGAAGAAAUUUAGGGAUCAAUUCUUAUAUGCAGAACAAGAGCUUGCUGCUGCUAAAGGACGGGAGGGGGUGCUACAGGAGAAUCUUCUGAAAGAAGUUACAGAUUCCCAGGAACGACUGAGAAAACAAAUACAAUUAUGUAGUGAACUUGAGGGAAAGCUUCGAAAUGAAAAGAACCUUCGCAUGAAAGCGGAAUCUGCAGCAACUUCAGCUGAGGAGAAAGCUAGCCUUUUAGAAGGAAAACUAAGCCAUGUUUCAGAAAGCAUCGAAAGGGAAAAGAAACGCCUUCAAAAUGAGCUUACACAGUUGAAGAAGGAAUCCAAGUUUUCUAUUUCUAGAAUAAGUGCAGAUCUUGAAAUAAUGGAGUGCAAAGCUAAUAAUGCUGAGAAAGAAUCAGAAAUACUGAAAGAGCAGUUGGAAGCUCUGAAGGAGCAACUUAAUGAGUGCUUGCAGGAGAAGAGUGAAGUAGAGAAGAAGUUAUCAAGUUUCACAUUUCAAGAAGUUACUUCUACGGACAAUGAUAUUUUGGUUAAACAUUUGCAGGAAGAGAUUAGGAACUAUGAGGCUGAGGUACGAGAAGCAAGAAAACUGAAAUCAACUCAUGAAAACAUUGAGUUACUAAAAGAGAAAUUGUUGGAAGAAAAGGGCCGCAGAGAGAGAGCUGAAGUAGAACUAUCGAAAUUGCAAGAAGUUCAGCAAAGUAUGAAUAAAUUAGAGGAAGAAUUGUCAUCUUGGAAAUUGUUGCUUAGGGACAUUCCUGGUGUGUCAUGUUCUGAAGACAUAACUGUGAAGUUUGCAGCUUUGCAGAAGGAGGUUCUUGAUAGCAUGAUGAAGUUAGGCGAGGCAAAUGCACAGUUGAAACAAAAGGAGGUGGCAUUGGAUGCAGCACAACUUGGCAAGCAGAAUGCUGAAACUGAGGCUACACUAGCUAAAGAGAAGGCAGAAGUAACUAAAUCAGAGGUCAAGCGCAUUGAAUUGAUGCUUUCUAUGGUCACUGAAGAGAGGAAUAAGUUAAGAAAUAUAGUUAAUGAAUUCAAGAGGCCAAAGAAUGAUGAUGUAGGUGGGGAUGAAACGGCUAACAGAACCCUUAUUCAGGAGCUUGAAUCAUCUCUAUCCAAGAAGGAAGGUUUCAUAGCAGAAUUGGAGAGUAAUCUACGUGAACAACAAGAAACUAAUAAUCGUCAACAUGAUCAAAUAAAGUUGCUCAAUGAGAGGCUAACCAAUGAAGCUAGAAGAAUAAAGUCAUUAGAGAGGGACAGCGAUCGCCUCCGUUCAGAGAUCUCUCUUCUAGAGUCCCAGUUGGGUCAUGGUGAUUAUUCUUCUGCGAAUACGAAAGUUUUGCGCAUGGUAAAUACUCUUGCAGUUGAUAACGAAGCAAAACAAACUAUAGAGGCAUUACAAACUGAGUUGCAGAAGACAAAGGAGAAGUUACAGGCUGUUGAAGAGUUGAAGGGUCAAUCAGGUGAUGCUGGAAAAUUAGUGGACUCCUAUAUAUCUGGGAAAAUAACGCAGCUAAAAGAGCAAAUUGCAACUCUUGAAAAGCGUGAAGAAAGAUAUAAGACUGUUUUUGCGGAUAGAAUCUCAGUUUUCAGGAGAGCUUGUUGUGAACUUUUUGGUUACAAGAUUGUAAUGGAUGAGCAUCAGCGUUCUAACGGAAUCUCUGUACCACAUUUCACUUUGCAAUCUAUUUAUGCUCAAAGUGACGACGAGAAGCUUGAAUUUGAAUAUGAAUCAGGGAAUACAAAUGUUCUGGUGAACAAUUACACAUCGCAGCCCGAGAUUUCUCGCCAGAUCGACAUAUUUGUUCGGAAGAUGAACUCAAUUCCAGCUUUCACUGCUAACUUAACAGUGGAGUCGUUCAACAAGCGAACUUUAUCGUAAGACAAAUAUAAAUUUAGCAGUAGACCUGGAGUAUUUUUUAUUUUAUUUUAUUUUUUUCCGAUCUCAAAAAUUGUAUAUUUUUCACCUUAAGUUACAUCUCCUUACAUUUCUUUGAUUGAAUGUUAUUUUGUACUCUUUCAAUUGGAUUGUAUAGUACUAAAACUCAAAAUAGUCUAAUGUGAUGCACUCGAAAUCGUCCUAGGGGGGAUCUUCGAUUUUGCGCGAGAAUA